AUGUCAGGAUGUAUUUCGGGAGUUCAAACUAAAUGUAAAGAAGAAAAUUCAAGAAUCAUGUAUGUGCACUGUUAUGCUCACUGCCUCAACUUAGUUUUAGUAGAUGCUUGUACUACUAGGAGAAAUAUACCAAUGAUAUUUGAUUUUUUCGGAGUUGUUCAAUUGUGUUAUUCAUUUAUUGAAGGUAGCGCUGUACGACAUGCUAUUUUAGAAAAAAUAUCAAGAGAUACGAACAUACAAUUGAAAACAAUGAAAUCGUUAUCUACUACAAGAUUGGCAUGUAGAGCAGAAGCCGUUGCAUCACUAAAGCAUAAUUACUUAGCUCUUAUCCCAGCAAUAGAAGAAAUAAUUUCUUCUACUUCAGCUACUGAUGUAUGUGCAAAAGGACGUGGUCUUCUAUUUCAAAUAAAGAGUUUCAAUUUUAUAUUAGGAUUAGAAAUAAUGCAACCAGUUUUACAAUUGAUAAAUAAAGUUAGUAAAAUGCUUCAAACAGAAAAUUAUGAUUUACUUUCAGGUAUGGCAAAUGUAAAAGCUCUUCGUUUAGCAUUAUUAGAUAUGAGAACAGAAGAAUAUUUAAAAAAAAUAUUUGAUACAAGUGUAUCUAUAUGUAAAGAAUUAGAUUUUCCAAUUCCUUUAAUUAAUAAAAAAAAAAUCUCUUCUCACAUAGACAGUAACAAAACACAAUUUGUUCAAGAAACAAAAGAAAAGGAACUAAGAAUAUCAGCCUUUUAUCCAAUGAUAGACGUGAUGGUUCAUAGUAUUGAUGAACGAUUUAGCCAGGACACUAUACAAGCUAUACAUGCAGUUGAUAGUUUACUAAAUAUGGAUACAUCGCAAACAGACCUAUCAUAUCUACCAAAAACGUUUUAA